AUGGGUGUCGGGCCGCUCAAGUUCACUAUUCAGCGCACGUAUAGACGUGCUAGAGCAGCAACAGUUACCCUCCUACACGGCCCUAUACUUACUCCUGUCUAUAUGCCUGUGGGGACCCAGGGCACACUCAAGGGCUUUGCGACUGAGCAAAUAGAGCGGACAGGUGCUCAAAUUAUGCUGUCUAACACAUACUUCCUCAACCUCCGCCCCGGAAUCCAGAAGCUUAACGAAUUGGGAGGACUGCAUAAGCUGAUGGGCUGGCCCAACAACAUCCUCACAGACUCAGGAGGCUAUCAGAUGGUCUCUCUCUUGGACUUGUCAGAAGUCACAGAAGAUGGAGUGAGUUUUAUUUCUCCAGUAGACUCCAAGAGGGUGCUUCUUACACCCGAAGAGUCUAUCCGCACACAACAGGCCAUAGGCUCCGAUAUUAUGAUGGCCCUGGACGACGUUAUUCAUGUUUUGCUGGACCCCCGCACGGAGUAUGAGCGGAUCAAGCUGGCCACUGAGCGCACGACACGCUGGCUGGACAGAUGCAUUGCUGCACAUACGUCGCCCACGCAAACCCUCUUUGGAAUAUGCCAGGGCCAUCUUGAUCUCUCUCCUGGAGGGUUUAGAGAUCAGUGCAUCGAGGCCAUUAUCGCACGCAAGGAUCAGAUGGGUGGGAUUGCUAUCGGAGGGCUCUCUGGCGGUGAGGCAAAAGAGGAUUUCUGCAGGGUUGUUGCAUAUUGUUGUGAGAAGCUCCCCAAGGAUAAACCCAGAUACCUUAUGGGUGUCGGCUUUCCUCUAGAUUUAGUUGUGUGUACCUGCCUUGGCGUGGACAUGUUUGAUUGCGUUUACGCUACGCGCGUGGCUCGUAUGGGCGGCGCAUUCUUUGACGGUGGUGUUCUCCGGCUAGAUCGUGCUACGUGCAAGGACGAUCUUUCUCCAAUUAGCAGCACCUGCCCUUGUCAGGCAUGCAAGUACUCUAAAGCGUAUCUGCACGCUCUGUAUGUGGCCAAGAGUCCUGUCUGCGGGCAACUUCUUUCAGACCAUAACGUUCAGUAUCUUCUGCGGCUUAUGCGAGGGCUUCGAGAGAGUAUUCUUAAUGAGACACUGGAUACCUACGUCUUGAACUUUCUCUUAAGGAUGCACGGGACACUUGAUAGCGUCCCCCAGUGGGCUCUCACGGCCCUUACUGACGCAGGAAUUGUUCUUCCUUGUAAUAAAUAA